UUGCUUGCUGAUUAGAAUUCGUGUUCUCUAGUUUCUUUCCAGCAGAUAUCAGCAGAAAAUCAUCAUGACUACGCUUCCUAUGAACCCGAAACCAUUCAUAAAUUCAUUGACUGGGAAACCUGUCAUCGUGAAACUGAAAUGGGGAAUGGAAUAUAAAGGAUAUCUCGUGUCUGUGGACGGGUAUAUGAACAUGCAACUGGCAAACACAGAAGAAUAUGUUGACGGGGCUUUAUCAGGACAUCUCGGAGAAAUAUUGAUUCGUUGUAAUAACGUACUUUACAUCCGGGGAGUAGAAGAAGAUGAUGAAGAAGGAGAAAUGAAAGAAUAAUCCUCCCCGGGAAUUCCUUUCUAUACUGAAGACUUCCAAACCUAGAUACAACACUUUUUUUUUUUUCGAAAAGAAUCAUUAAAUUUUGAGCUUUUGGGACUUAGUUGAAUGUCCGAAUGUUUUUUCUAAUCAUAAACUUCUCUGCCAUUAUGGCUUUUCUCGAGAUCAUUCAUCCUCACGCCUUAGAUUUUGUUCCAGAGUGAGAAUUGAUACCUUUUAACUUAAUAAGUAUGCCUAAUGCUUUCAGAAAUCUGCAGCAUUAAGCUUUGACUUUUUAUAUUUUUCCCACUGGUUUGGUGAUCGCAUCUACGAUGGUUUUUACAUGGGUCAUCAUUAUAUCGAAUUUCAAUAAUGGAAACAUUGUCAUAUGUGUUAUGUGAGCUGUUAAAAAUGCUUAGUAAAAUUGCUUUAGUCUUUUUAAUUUUGAUUUUGACUUCUUGACUUGUUCUGAUUUAAAGCAUUUGACCUCGUUAAGAAUAUAUAUUUGAAAAUGUGCUUUAAAAUUCUUAUUUGCCACCCUUGUUGGCCACUAAUUUCAACAGAUUUUGCAAACUCACUCGUUUUAAAAUGUAUUAUGAAUUACAGAUUAUUCUUUUUGACCACCCUUGGUACAAAUAUCAUUUCUUAAAUUAAUUCCCACAGUUUUUUUGAAUUCACUGAAUAUAGUUUGAAAUUUAUGUGUUCUUUGUUCAACAUUAUAAUUCAGAAUGUAAUUGGAAAAAAGGAAUAUUGGGCUUUGACCAUUCAUUGGCCAGUUUGUAACAUUCCAUAAUCUAAAGUAGAUAUCAUUUCUUUUUUCCUGUCUACAGCUCUGAUGAGAGUAGAAAUGUUCAACGAGGAGGAAAUUCCUAAAAUUCUUGUUUUUGAGACCAAAAUCAGAAUGUAUCUGGUAUGACAGAACGAAAAAAGUUGAUUUUUUUGGCAACCCUGGGUUUAAGUAAGCCUUUGUUAAAUAAAGCGGUUUCACCCAGUUGUUUGUAUUUGGCGUUUUUGUAUUAAAGGUUGCACAUCCCUGGUUUAAAUAAUAUUUUUAAACUAAUUCAUUGACUUAUUUGUGUUUUGUGCUGAGAAUUCUGGCAACCCAGGAAUUUUAUUUUAAAAUGUAUUUGGAAUAAUAGUUUAUUCAUUUCACCAUUUUUGCGUUUAUUCUGUCCAAUUUUUUUUUCUAACUUUUAGA